GCCCUGGAGUUGGCGUUUCAGCCCACGUGGGAAGCUACGGGGUAGAUCCGACUUGGAUCCCAAAGUGCUGGAGAGAGACCUGCUGUGAAGAUGGGACCGGCCCCCGCCGGAGAGCAGCAGCGACGAGCAACUGAGGACACAGAGGUGAUGGAACUUGCCUUCGAAGGCAUGGACAAAGAGAAGGCACCCUCAAGAAAGCGUGCAAGAACAGAGCCACCUGCAGAAGGCCUCCUGCAGCCAGUGAACCUCAGUCGGGAGGAGCUGUACAAGGAGCCUACAAAUGAGGAGCUGAAUCGCCUCCGCGAGACCGAGAUUUUGUUCCACUCCACCUUGCUUCGUUUACAAGUGGAGGAGUUACUAAAGGAAGUCAGACUGUCAGAGAAGAAGAAAGAGAGAAUUGAUACUUUCCUGAAGGAGGUUACCAAGCGGAUCCAGAAAGUGCCUCCAGUCCCUGAGGCUGAGCUCACUGACCAGUCAUGGCUCCCAGCUGGGGUCCGAGUGCCCCUCCACCAAGUGCCCUAUGCCGUCAAGGGCUCCUUCCGCUUCCGGCCUCCAUCCCAGAUCACUGUUGUGGGUAGCUACCUUCUGGAUACUUGUAUGCGACCAGAUAUCAAUGUGGACGUGGCAGUGACCAUGCCCAGGGAAAUCUUACAGGACAAAGACGGGCUGAACCAGCGUUACUUCCGCAAGCGAGCCCUUUACCUGGCCCACUUAGCUUACCACCUGGCCCAGGAUCCCCUCUUCAGCAGCGUACGCUUCUCUUACAUGAGUGGAUGCCACCUGAAGCCCUCACUGCUGCUGCGGCCACAUGGGAAGGAUGAGCGCCUAGUUACUGUGCGCCUGCUUCCCUGCCCUCCCUUGGACUUCUUCCGUCCUUGCCGCUUGCUGCCGACUAAGAACAAUGUGCGCUCUGCCUGGUACCGAGGGCAGAGCUGUCCGGAUUAUGAGCCGCCUACCCCCCACUAUAAUACCUGGAUCCUGCAGGAUGUAGCUCUGGAGACCCACAUGCACUUGCUGGCGAGUGUGCUGGGCUCUGCCCAGGGCCUGAAGGAUGGCGUGGCGCUUCUGAAGGUUUGGCUGAGGCAACGGGAGCUGGACAAGGGCCUGGGUGGAUUUAAUGGAUUCAUCAUCUCCAUGCUGGUUGCCUUCCUGGUAUCUAAACGAAAGAUCCAUACCACCAUGAGCGGCUACCAGGUCCUGAGAAGUGUCCUGCAGUUUCUGGCCACUACCGAUCUGACGAUCAAUGGAAUCAGUUUCUCUCUCAGCUCAGAUCCCUCCUUGCCCACCCUGGCCGAAUUCCACCAGCUUUUCGCGGUUGUGUUUGUGGACCCCUCAGGGCGCCUCAACCUCUGUGCCGAUGUUACAGCUUCCACUUACAAUCAGGUGCAGUAUGAGGCAGAAUUGUCUAUGGCGUUGCUGGACAGCAAAGCUGACGAUGGAUUUCAGCUGCUGUUGAUGACUCCCAAACCCAUGAUCCAGGCUUUUGACCACGUUGUCCAUCUCCAUCCAUUGAGUCGCCUGCAGGCAUCCUGUCACCAGCUAAAGCUUUGGCCAGAGCUGCAGGAUAACGGAGGGGACUAUGUUUCAGCCGCUCUGGGCCCACUAACCAACAUUUUGGUGCAGGGUCUGGGGUGCCGGCUGCAUCUGCUGGCUCACUCUCGGCCCCCAGUCCCAGAGUGGAGUAUCAACCAAGAUCCCCCGAAGCACAAGGACGCUGGGACCUUGACCCUGGGAUUUCUCUUCCGGCCCGAGGGACUGACCAGUGUUAUUGAUCUUGGCCCAGAGGCUGACAAGCCUGAGGCUGCUGAAUUCCGUCAGUUCUGGGGGACCCGCUCAGAGCUCAGGCGUUUCCAGGACGGAGCCAUCCGGGAAGCUGUGGUGUGGGAGGCAGAAUCUUUGUUUGAGAAGCGUCUUAUUCCUCAUCAGGUGGUCACCCACCUCUUGGCACUCCAUGCUGACAUCCCAGACACCUGUAUCCAGUAUGUGGGUGGUUUCCUUGAUGCAUUGAUCCAAAACCCCAAAGAGAUCUCCAGCACAGGUGAGGAGGCCUUGGCGUCGGCUGUGCGUUGCUAUGAUGACCUCAGCCGCCUGCUCUGGGGGCUGGAGGGUCUCCCACUUACCGUGUCUGCUGUUCAGGGGGCUCACCCAGUGCUGCGCUACACAGAGGUUUUCCCUCCAGCUCCAGUCCGACCUGCCUACUCCUUCUAUAACCGCCUCCAAGAUCUGGCCUCACUGUUGCCCCGGCCGGAUAAGCCCUGCCCAGCCUAUGUGGAGCCUAUGACUGUGGUUUGUCACCUGGAGGGCAGCGGGCAGUGGCCUCAGGAUGCAGAAGCAGUGCAGCGGGUCCGAGCCGCCUUCCAGCUGCGCCUGGCGGAGGUGCUGACCCAGGAGCAUAGACUACAGUGCCGCGCCACUGCCACACACACGGAUGUCCUCAAGGAUGGGUUCGUGUUUAGGAUUCGAGUGGCCUAUCAGCGGGAGCCACAGAUCCUGAAGGAGGUGCGGAGCCCCGAGGGCAUGGUCUCUCUGAGAGACACACCUGCCUCCCUCCGCCUUGAGAGAGACACCAAGCUGUUGCCUCUGCUCACCAGUGCCCUGCAUGGACUCCAGCAGCAGUACCCAGCCUACUCAGGCGUGGCUCGCCUGGCCAAGCGGUGGGUGCGUGCCCAGCUUCUGGGUGAGGGCUUCACUGACGAGAGCCUGGAUCUAUUGGCUGCUUCACUCUUCCUACACCCUGAGCCCUUCACCCCUCCCAGCGUCCCACAGGUUGGCUUUCUUCGGUUCCUUUACUUGGUAUCUACCUUUGAUUGGAAGAACAACCCUCUCAUUGUCAACCUCAACGGUGAGCUGACUGCUGAGGAACAGGUGGAGAUUCGAAGGAGUUUCCUGGCAGCUCGAACACAACUCCCAGUCAUGGUCAUCAUUACCCCCCAGGACCGCAGAAGCUCUGUGUGGACACAGGAUGGACCCUCUGCCCAGAUCCUUCAGCAGCUCGUGAGCCUGGCGGCUGAAGCCCUCCCUAUCCUCGAGAAGCAGCUGAUGGAUCCCCGGGGGCCUGGGGACAUCAGGACCGUGUUCCGGCCACCCUUCGACAUGUAUGAUGUGCUGAUCCACCUGACUCCCCGCCACAUUCCCCGGCACCGCCAAGCUGUAGACCCUCCAGUUGCUUCCUUCUGCCGUGGUCUGCUUGCUGAGCCAGGGCCUUCGUCUCUGAUGCCUGUCCUGGGCUAUGACCCCCCUCAGCUCUAUCUGGCACAGCUCCGGGAGGCCUUUGAAGAUUUCGCUCUCUUCUUCUAUGACCAGCAUGGUGGAGAGGUGAUUGGUGUCCUCUGGAAGCCCAGCAGCUUCCAGCCCCAGCCCUUUAAGGCCUCCAGCAUAAAGGGACGCAUGGUGGUGUCUCAAGGUGGGGAGCUUGUGAUGUUGCCCAACAUAGAAGCAAUCUUGGAGGACUUUGCUGUGCUGGGUGAAGGCCUGGUACAGGCUGUAGAGGCCCGAAGUGAGAGGUGGACUGUGUGAUUCUCGCCUUGGGACAAGCGUUGGAUCUGUGCAGCAGCGGGGUAGCCACUCUCAGUGCAGAUGGACGCCUGAUGAACCACUGAAUCCCCCAUCCCCAGAGAAAGCCCUGUGAGAUUCUUCUGAUGUUUCAGCUCUGGGGCAGGGGCCAUGGUGUCCUGUGUCCCCUACACCUGACCACCCCGAUUCCCAGAGGAGGAGACAGAGCCAGCUCAGAGGGAACUGAAUCCACGAGAUCCAUUUGCCUAUCCAUCUUGAGUCAGCCUGAACUGUUGUUCAUUUUUGUUUUCUCUCCAUCUUCAUCUUCCCGCUGGCAGGACGGAUGUGUCCAGAUGUCAGUGUGCCUUUCCCUGUUGCUGCUUCUGGCCUUUAGAUUGUGUUCCCUCCUGGGGGUCAGGGCACCAGCACUGAACAGUGGGAGGGAGCUGCGUGUGUAUGAAUGAAACCCAUUCAGUAGGCACAGUGCCCUGAGGGUAGGAACAGUGGGAAAAGAUACAGACCAGGUGGGGCUGGCUGGAGUUGAGGGGAUCCCCGUCCGAGAGAGAGAGAGAGAGAGAGAGAGAGAGAGAGAGAGAGAGAGAGAGAGAGAGAGCUGCAGCCUGGCCUCUCUGGGUCCUACCCCUCCUUGCUGCUGCUUAUCGUUGCCCAUUAUUGUGCCAUACACCUGCUCUUGGAGCUCUGAGGUAGGCAGGAUGCUUCCUCUCAGCCUGAUCCACAUCCCCUUCUGGCAGCCACUCCCUGCUUUUCUCCCCUAAUCCUGACUGUUUUUUUUUUUAGACUCAGCUCAAAUAGCACCCCACCUAGUCCCUGCCCUCACCCCCACCCCUCUUUCCCUUCUGUGAACUGUGAAUGCAAUUAUUCCUUGUUGAGUUCACUUGGCAGGCAUGCAUACCAGUAUGCACCUUCUAUUGUCCUGAACUCUGAUUUAAAAUUAAAUUGCUUAAGUCUUUCUGGGUA